GGAGCGCGAUGGUCAGCCGCCGUGGCGCGGCAAGAUGCUGGAUGGGUCCCUUCUGGCGCGCUGGCUGGCCGCGGCCUUCGGGCUGACGCUGCUGCUCGCCGCGCUGCGCCCUUCCGCCGCCUACUUCGGGCUAACAGGCAGCGAACCCUUGACUAUACUCCCUCUGACCCUGGAGACUGAGGCCGCAGCCCAAGCGCACUACAAGGCCUGCGACAGGCUGAAGCUGGAACGCAAGCAGCGGCGCAUGUGCCGUAGGGACCCGGGCGUGGCCGAGACACUGGUGGAGGCGGUGAGCAUGAGUGCACUGGAGUGCCAGUACCAGUUCCGCUUUGAGCGCUGGAACUGCACCCUGGAGGGCCGCUACCGAGCCAGCCUGCUCAAGCGAGGCUUCAAGGAGACUGCUUUCCUCUAUGCCAUCUCUUCUGCGGGCCUGACGCAUGCACUGGCCAAAGCAUGCAGCGCUGGACGCAUGGAGCGCUGCACCUGUGAUGAGGCGCCUGACCUGGAAAACCGCGAGGCGUGGCAGUGGGGCGGCUGUGGAGACAACCUCAAGUACAGCAGCAAGUUUGUCAAGGAGUUCCUGGGCCGGCGGUCUAGCAAGGAUCUGCGAGCCCGAGUGGACUUCCACAACAACCUCGUGGGUGUGAAGGUGAUAAAGGCUGGAGUGGAGACCACCUGCAAAUGUCACGGUGUGUCUGGCUCCUGCACCGUGCGGACCUGCUGGCGGCAGCUAGCACCCUUCCACGAGGUGGGCAAGCACCUGAAACACAAAUACGAGACCGCACUCAAGGUGGGCAGCACCACCAACGAAGCCACGGGCGAGGCGGGCGCCAUCUCCCCGCCACGGGGCCGGGCCUCUGGGUCAGGAAGUGGGGACCCACUGCCCCGAACACCGGAGCUUGUACACCUGGACGACUCUCCCAGCUUCUGCUUGGCUGGCCGCUUUUCCCCUGGCACCGCAGGCCGCAGGUGCCACCGCGAGAAGAACUGUGAGAGUAUUUGUUGUGGCCGCGGCCACAACACACAGAGCCGUGUGGUGACAAGGCCCUGCCAGUGCCAGGUACGCUGGUGCUGCUAUGUGGAAUGCAGACAGUGUACCCAGCGAGAGGAGGUCUACACCUGCAAAGGUUGACCCGAGGCCCUUCGGCCCUACCACAAGGGGUGUGG